AUGCGCACUCCUCGGAUUGUGAUUCUUGUUCUUUGUAUAUCCGCGUCCUUCUUCCUCCUUUUCCGCGCAGCGACAGCUUCCAGACGAGCCGCAGACUCCCGAUACCCCACUGGGCUGCGAACAAGCAGAUCGGCAUGGGGGCUCAUCUUUUACAACACGCCAUUCUCUCUGUUCCCUCCCAACGCUGCCAUCAGCUUGACCGACGACAACAGCACGUCUUUUGCGGCGAGGCCUGCGGCGUUCGGCCCUAGGCUGCAGCCCAACGGUCUAAGUGGGCAGCUGUGGGUUGGGAGCGGCUUCACUGAGGAUAGCCUUGAUGGUAACGGCGAGCUGGGCUGCAGCGAUCUCCCUGGCUGGGACAGUGCGGGUGCGAAGCAUGUGCUGAAGCAAUCCCUUCACGGAGCCACUCCACACAAGAAGGAUGGCUCCAAAUCUGCUCGCCGCCCGAGGCGUGACCAAGAGCUUAUGAGUCUGAAUAGCCCCGAAACAGAUGCAAAAGCAAGUCUCGGCAAAGACGUCCCCACCGAUGACGGCACCGAUAACCACCUCCACGAAGCGCUUCCGCUUACUCGGCGGGACAUUUCUGCGUCUUCCCACGCCGACAUCCAAUCGAUCCAAGAGGGAGCCGAGAUCAAGGGGAAAAUUGUUCUAUUAAUGCGCGGAGGAUGUGGCUUCUUGGAGAAAGUCAUGUGGGCGCAGCGAAGAGGAGCUAUUGGCGUCAUCGUUGGCGACAACGUCAAGGGAGGCCCUCUGAUCCAGAUGUUUGCUCGCGGCGACGAAGUCGAUAACGUGACGAUUCCAUCCGUCUUCACAGCCCGGACCACCGCACAACUGCUUUCUUCAUUAACGCAGCCUGGCAGUUUCAUCGAAGAUACACUGGACGAUAACGGCAAUCCCGUCCUCAAAGUUCAACAGGGCUCCAAGGCUAGGAAGAGCAAGGACACUGUUUCCAAGAAGAAAACACCACUCUCGAAAAAAUCCAAGAAUUUAAACAAGGAAAAACGAAUUACGAAAAGAAAAGAGGCCGAGGAAAAGCCAAGUGGUUGGUUCAAGCGCCUAUUCAGCUGGGGGACGUCUUCUCGUAGUGUCAACAGUGAAAGCAGACCACCCAGCAGCGGCCAGCUCGAUUGGGUCAUGGUUGAAGACUGGGAUGAUGAGCAAGACAGUACCAUAAGACCCAGCGUGACUAAAUCAAAGAAACAGCCAGCACAGCCGAAAGCAGGAAGCGACGACUUUGUCAUCGGAGUUCAUGACUGGCGGGAUCCGGAUGUUAUGGCCAAAAGCAAGGCGACUUCUGGAAGCAAGGAUGUAUCAACCAACUCCAACUCCAAGGGUGACGUUUCCGACAAAGCACCCAGCGCCGGUGAGCCAAAGGGAGGAAGCAUUACCCCGGGCAGCGGCGAGUAUAAGCUGCGUAAAGUGUCGGAUAACGAAAACGAAGCCACCUCGGCCUUUGAGCUGAGAGGGAUUUCACCGUCUACCAAGGGCCAUGGCCUUAUUUCUAGAAUCUUUGGCGACGACGAUGACGACGACAUAGAUGCUGUGCCUGCCGACCCUGAAGACGGCGACUAUGACGACGAUAUACCUGAAGAAGACGAAGACCCUGUGCCUCAUGAAGGCCUGUGGGUUACCAUUACACCAACCAGCAGCGCCAGCCCAUUCUUCGAUACCCUCCUUGUUCUUGUCAUCAGCCCCUUGGUGACUCUCUCCAUUGUGUAUGCCCUUUUAGUUUUGCGAGCCAGAAUCCGUAGGAGAAGAUGGCGGGCCCCCAAGUCUGUGGUUGAGCGCCUGCCCGUCAGGACAUUUCACACUGUUGCCCGAUCCCCCAGCCUAUCGCCCAGGGUCCCAUCUCCAACUCCGACCACGCCGCUAUUGCAACAUACCCACAGUUCCAGCCCACCGAGAUCGCGGCCUCGUUCCAGGACGACCACUGGUGUCAUGGAGAGCGCAAACUUUCUUGCCCCUACUCCCAGCGAGUUGCCAUUACCACAGACAUUGCCGCAGAGGAGCUCUCGUACCGGUCGCUCAGGACAUGAACGAGGAGCCAUCUCGGCAGAGUGGAAAAAGUACAUGGGAAGGCAGGUGGAAUGUGUUGUCUGCUUGGAGGAGUAUAUCGAUGGCGUGAGUAGGGUGAUGAGGCUUCCUUGUGGCCAUGAAUUCCACGCCGACUGCAUCACUCCUUGGCUGACAACCCGUCGACGAACAUGCCCCAUCUGCAAGGGAGACGUAGUUCGCUCUAUGGCUCGUGGUUCGUGGGCUGGCCCUAGAUACGAUCCAUACCAAGACGACGGCGACGACGACGAGCAGGUGGCUGAAGGUUCAGGGUCUAGAUCAUCCAGCAGCGACGAGGAUCUGGAGCAAGGCGUUGCAGAGGCGGAGCCCACGGCAGCGGCGCGUCGCCCGAACUGGCAAGAUAGUUUCUUAUUCAUCCUGCCCGGCGGCAUCGGAGGUAGACGCAGGGCACCAUCUCCCUCUCCGCCGUCAGAUGACCGCCAGGUGUGAUUCGAUUAAUGAAGUUUUAUCUUAAUCGCCCGACCCGACAUUCUUAAUGACGCUCCAAAAGUUCGACAAGCAUCAUCAAAGGUUUAUGCGGGCAUAUCUCUGCUUUAAAAAUCUAUCUCAGCGGUAUACCUUGUUGUCAGGGACAGCAACAAUCAUACGCUUUGGCGUAUUGGGCAAUAGGAGGAAUAGGAGUUUUUUUUUUUUUUCUUUUGUGCAUUUUCUUUGUGGGAACUAAGCAAGCAUUAUGGAAACAUCGCCUUAAAGGGCUAUCUUUUUUUGGACGGAAGUACUUGUUGGGGUGGUUGUUAUUUUGUUGUGUCUCCUGGUCUUUGUGGCAAGGUGAUUGCUGCGAUGGUUAUGGGGGGAGAUAGAGGAGUGAGGAGGGGGGAGGCUAUUUGAUGGAUGAGCGCCUGUUGGGUGUCGGAUGGAAGUUUACUUAUACCCUUGAUUUGAUGGCGGUUCAUGUGGAAUUUGUAUUUAGUUAUGGUAGUGCGGUAAUGGACGCCGGGCCAUGGGUGAUGGCAGGCUUCGAUCUCCUGUCAUUUGAGGUG